GUGAAAUUUUGGAUCAUGUGAAUCAUACGUGAUUGAUCUGACUAAACUUCAGUAGUCCGACGCCACUUAUAUACUUAUUGAAAUGGAUAAACUCUUAUCUUCAAUAUAGAAAUGUUUUCAACUCCAUCAUGUAUAUGAUAAAUUUCCGUGAUGGCAGGUGCCUGUUAAGUUAACAGGCACAAGGUAACGGGAUAUUAAUUAUAGGCUCUCGUAGCGCGCAAUAAGGAAAAUUGGGCUUCAACAUUAGUUUAUGUCAUCUGUAGUGUGAAACAAUCAAUCCCAUCCUUGAAAAUCCUUUGAAAUAUUUUUGAGACAGAUGCAAUAGAUGAGGUGCGGGGGGCAAUUGUUCUACAAUAGAGAAAAUUUUUACGGAAGAGAUAUACUUUUGAUAAUUGUGUUUAUUUAGUCAUUAAGAUAUUUUUCUCAUUUUUGGUAGAACAAGAUUUCGUUUCCUUUUUCUUCUAAGAGUGUUUCCUUUUUUAUCAGCGAAAUAACAAGAUAGCCAAUUCGCGCAAGAAAAAGCAAAUUCGAAGCGAAUAUCGAAGAUCACAUUCUUAAGAUACGUCGCGGAACAAGUGUAUGGUGUCGCCUUCGUAAAUGUCGAUAAGCGAUAGUAGUGACGACAACUAGAGUGAAAAAAUUUUUAAUGCCUUAUGAGCUAAAUAUGUUAACUACUAUCGGUAGGAAAAGUGUUUGUCCAUUUGCAGGACUUUAGGGGAUUCACUCCUAUCCGUGACCUAGAUCGACUGCAAGUAUGCCUUUAUCUUAGCUAUGUCCAGGCUUUCUCUUUUUUUGUCUCGUUUGUCAGAUUUUUCUUAAUAACUUUUUUUUUUUGAUUUUGAUCUAUUCGUGCUUUCUUUAUCAGUUACAUUUUAUAGUAAUCAAGUCUUAGCUUUAGUUUAUCGUAUGAAUAUCGUGUGUAAAUAAAUAAGCAUCAGAGGACCGAAUUAAAAUCGCCUUCAUUUUCUAGUUUGAUCUAAUGUGUGAAUGUGAUGAAGACCUAAAACAUGUGUUAGCCACCUUAACGAAUCUAACGAUAGACGGCUAGAUAGAUGAAUAUUGACCAAUCUUAUAACAGAGUAUUGCGCUGAUUGCAAGUGAAGAAUUUUUGAUGCCACGGCAAACAGAAUGAAAAAUCGAAUGGAUUUGUAUACUGCGGUAGAGAGUACAGAAAUAUUACAACAAAUUGUAACAAUCAGUGAAAAAAUGUUUAAAAAAAAAAGUUGUAAAAAUUAAUUUCGACGAAAGUACGCGUUUAAUCAAUGGAAUUAGAUAUCAUCCGUCAUCAAUUAUUCUUCAACAUUAUCGUUAACAUAACAAGCAUAAGCUUUCGUCUUAAUAAACUGACAAGUUCUUUGUGUACAACAAUCUCGGAAAAAUUUAAUAAAAUUAUUGCCGACUCUUGUAAGGACAAUUUGAUAAGUGAAUUUGAUACAAUGGCCAAACUGUGCAGUCCGUUUAGUACAUCGCCACGUACAUCAUUUUUAAAUGAUUUAUUGCCCACUCAUAGUAGUUUCAUGGAUGAGUUUUACAUUACGCCCGAUCCUUUUGAGGUAUUUGGUGAAUUGCCUUCAAUAUAUAGCGAUAUACAGAAAAUGGAAUCAGAGUCUGGAUCGAGCGCAAGUUGUACCGCCCUCGAUUGGUAUGACGAAUGCGAUGUAAAGCCUGAGCUACCCAAUUGUGAUCUAAUGUGGCCAGUGCCUCAUACAAAUUCAUCAUCAUCGAUAAGCAGUGACUUGGCCGUAUCACCAUCAGUAGUUACGGGCAAUAUUCCAACAAAUAUCAGAGAUGGGGGAACGAAUACAGUAUCUGUUAAAGAGGAACCUAAAUCGCCGUCGUCUACAGUAUCGAUAAUGACAGUUAAAAAAGUUAAUCAUCAUCAGGAAUCAUUUCAACUUGCAAGUUUGGAAAGCAUAAAAGUUGAAGUUAAGAAAGAGCCAAUCGAUGAUUCCGAUGCACAAUUCAAACAACAAAAUAUACCAAAUAAUAAAACUGUACAACAACAUCAGCGUAGCAUACAUAAUGCACCACCUGGAACAUCAUUAUUAAGAAAAUCAAACAAUAGCAUUACACAACAAAGAAAACUACUUCAACAGCAGCCCCAACAGCGUCAAACAACGCAACAAAGCACAAAACGCGAUCAUUUGUUAUCCUGUGCUCCAGCAUCUCAUACAACAAAUGCCAACAAUUACCGUAACAAUAGCAGUAACGGCAGUUUUCAGCAACCGGCAUGUACUCCGCAACUAUAUCAACGUCCUGACACACCGCAUAGUUUAGAUGAUGAUAGCAGCACAACCGAAUUCAAGCAUAAUAUCGAUUUAAGUGCCUGUGUCAUGGGCAGUAAUAGCAUCUCUUUAACCGACUCGCAAUUCAUACAACAGGUCAGUCAGGAAUUGCAAGAUACAAGUAAAUCGCAAAUUGCUUUAUGUAUGGAUUCGGAAUCUUCUUUAUCAGAUGUGCUCGAUGUUAUUAGCACAGAGGUAACGAAUACAACAUCAAAUCCUCUAUUAGGAACAAAUCGUCAAAUUAAUAAUAGUAUGAACGACGGUGGUAGUUAUGCCAAUAAAACUAAUAACAGAAAUAAUAUAUCCAUCAUCACCAGCAGCAGCAGCAUCAGUCAUUCAAAUUCAUUUCGUUCAUCUGAAUGUGAUAGUGACGAUGAUUUAUCUACCGCAAGUUCAAUGUCAGAAAAUGAGACGGCCUAUAAUAGGGCAAUGAUGGCCAGUAGCGCUGUAUCACCUGUUUCCAGUCAAAAUUCCUCUAGCUCGUCGGCAAAUAAUGUACACAGUACCCAGCAUCAUAUGGACCACAGUUAUACUCGCUUAGAUGAUAUGGGAACGAAUUUAGAUACACCCUCGGAUUCCGAGGAAGAAAUUGACGUGGUCUCGAUUAAUGACAAGAAAUUACCUACAAAUCCAUCUGAUAAAGAUCGUCGUGCUCUGCAGAAUAAAGUUGCUCAUAAAUUCAAUGCGCGCAUUAUUAAGAAUGCCAACGGUUUACGUACUAUACCGCCACGUCGACGCGGUUCCUAUGAGUUCCCCUAUACACCGGCCAGUAGCAGCCCAGUAAAAUCGGUUAAUAAUUCACGUUAUCCGUCGCCGGCCAGUACACCGUAUCAAAGUCAGUACACAACAAAGUAUGUACAACAACAGCAACAAUUAAUGACUGUUAUAGAUAAAGUAAGUGCGCCUUGUGGUGCCCCCAUAAAUAUAUUUGCUGAUAAAUCGCGUAAACGUUUACUUGCGACCACCGGUGCGAAUGGCUCUCUACUAGGCGUACAGAGUAGCAAUAAUAUUAAUAAUAAUACUAAUACUAAUGCUGGCUUAACAACAGUAAAUGCAUUGAAUGGCGUUACCAUUAGCAUUAGAAAUAGCGGUGGUAGUAAUGAUAGUAGUAGUAGUAGUAGCAGCGGUGGUAUUGGUGGCAAUGUAAUGCCACCCAGUAAAAAGCAUCGAGGCAAAAAAACAAAACAUUACGUUGCAAAUACAAUUGUGACUUCCAGUGGUGUUGGUAUUGGUGUUGGUGUUGGUGCUGCCACUAUCUUGAAACGUCAUUGUAGUUUAGAUGAGUCCGCUGAUACUAUAGAGAAACGCCAUUUACACAAUGAUAUGGAAAGGCAGAGACGUAUUGGUUUAAAGAAUUUGUUUGAGGCUUUAAAAAAACAAAUACCCAGCAUUAAGGAUAAGGAGCGGGCACCUAAGGUGAAUAUAUUAAGGGAGGCGGCUAAAUUAUGCGAAGCUUUGACAAGCGAAGAUCAACAAUUGACCGAACAGAAAGCCAGGCUAAGAGAGGAAUUACGCAAGAGACAGGAGCGUUUAACAAUGCUAAGAGCUCAACGAGCUCGUCGCUUGGGUGGUGGCUUAAUAGAUUGAUGAUAAUAAUGAUGAUGAUGAUGAUCAUGAUGAUGAUGAUGGUGACGACGACGACAACAACGACGACGAUGAUG